AUGAACAGCCUACUUCAAAUGAGCUCCAACUCCGGACAAAUUCCUACAAGUUUUAAUCACCCUCUUCACCACCACUACAGCAACACCGGACAUCAACAUCAACAUCAUCCUCAUCAUCACCACCACUCCCACUUAGGUCAACUUUACCAACAGCAACGGCCAUCUUUCGCCAUUCAGGAGAUUCUGGGCUUGGGAUGCCGACAGUCAACCUCGCCAUCUUCUUUGGGAGACUCGGGUCUGGUGGAUUCGUCCAUUGGUGGAAUGACGACUGUGCAGAACAGUUUUGGGGGAAUGUACUUUUCCCCGACUGCUUCAGUCUCCCAAGGUCUUCAGAACGAGUCACAAACCCAAAGUUAUAUGGCUGGUUCACAUCACGGAUCCACUCAUCCACAUGGAUCUAAUACUGGAUCUCUCUAUCCUUGGAGGUUUGACUUUACAUCAACGUCUAACUCGCAGCAACUUCCUUCUGCCAGAUUUACUGGAGUAGGGAGGCAUGACGAUGGCGGCCUGUCUUUUGAAUACAAGCACGUCAUGUCUGAUGAAGUUCCUUUACAAACAUAUCUUCACUCCGAGAGGACGGAAGAUACCAGCACUGUGGGAGGCAAGAAGUCCAAGAAACGCCGUCGACACAGGACAAUAUUCACCAGUUUUCAACUUGAGGAGCUAGAGAAUGCCUUCAAAGACGCCCACUACCCAGAUCUGUACGCACGCGAGCUGCUGGCGCUAAAGAUCGAUUUACCUGAGGACAGGAUACAAGUUUGGUUUCAGAACAGGCGAGCAAAAUGGAGGAAAACCGAAAAGACGUGGGGCAAAAGCUCAAUCAUGGCGGAGUAUGGCCUCUACGGCGCAAUGGUGAGACACGCACUUCCGCUUCCGGAAACCAUUCUUAAAAGCGCCGAUAAGGGAAUAGAGAAUUCUUCAGCUCCGUGGUUGCUGGGCAUGCACAAGAAGUCAAUUGAAGCAUCAAAAAAGAUGAACGAAGAAGACAGCGACUUGUUUGGGAGCGAGACUGGUUCGGAGGGCAAACACCGGGUGAAGGAGGAGAGGAAAUCAGAAAGCAUCGCGACACUGAGGGCUAAAGCACAAGAACACAGUGCUAAAGUCAUGCAAGGAAUUCGAGGAGAAGCAGACGGAGAUUUCGUAGACAUUGCGAACAACCUAGGUCAAAAACAAUACGACAUGAGCGAUUCCUUACAGCGAAGAAAUGGAAUCUGCUAA